AUGCCAUCAGGAAGUGCUGGACAAGCCUCGUCUUUGGGUCGUCAUUUCAACCCUCGCAAUCUUAGAAAUGCGACAUUCAUUCUCCCACGGACUGGAGAGCGUGUGAGACGCGCCUUUUCGUUGCCAACUCUAGGGGACGAUGCUCGCGACGAGACUGGUUCGCCGGAAGAACGCGAGGGACUGCUGGGUUCAGACGCGUCAUCUCCAACACCCGAGCAAAAUGGUCUCUUUAAACCUUUCUAUCGCUGGAGAGAUCAAUCUGUCGAUUUUUGGGCUUCAAAUAUAGGACAAGGCAUCUUCAAAUGUUCUAUAGCCUAUCUUCUCGGAUCUCUGGCUACUUUCCUACCAUUCAUCUCGGCUUUCCUCGGAAAGCAGGAUGGCAAACAUGUCGUCGCAACGGUUACGGUGUACUUUCACCCUUCCCGCACAGUAGGCAGUAUGAUUGAAGCAGUGGGUAUUGCUUUGAUUGCAUUCGUGUAUGCGGCGUUCGUGUCUUUUACCAGCAUGGCCAUCAGCAUGGCUCUUGGCAAGCGUGAUCUUCUGGUCCUUGGCCAUGCCAUUGUUUUGGUCAUUUUUUGUGCUGGUGGACUAGGCUUUAUAGGUUGGCUCAAGCAGCGACUUGGUCAUCCGACUGUCAACGUUGGGUGCAGUCUUGCGUCCCUGGCCAUCAUCACCAUCUUGACCAAGGAAGGAUCUAUCCAGGCAGCAAAGUUUUCCGAGGACAAGGUUUUCCAAGUCUUGCGUAUGGUUUUGCUUGGAAUGGCGGCUACCACAGCUGUCAAUCUGCUCAUCAAACCACGCUACGCCAAGAAGGAAUUACAUCGCGACUUUGUCAAAACCACAGACUCACUAGGCGACAAACUCAUUGCAAUCACUAGAGCCUUCCUGACAGGCUCGGAGACAGAGAUGCAGGGUGCUGCGUACAAGCAGGUUGACAAGGACUGCAAGGCCAACGAAGCAUCGAUGAAGAAGAACCUGAUUGAAGCCAAAUACGAGCACUACGUUGUGGGGAGGGAAAAGGAAUAUCGUAUCGAGGUCAAGCUGGUCAAAUGCUUGCAAGGGCUUUCUCAGAGCAUUGGUGGUCUUUACAGUGCGGCGAACACGCAAUUCUCUCUCAUCAAGUCUUCGCCAUAUAUCAACCGAUCAGACUCAGCCCACGCAUCCAUGGUCUCGUCCCUUAUGGGCACCUCCAAACUCACGAGCGAGCCGGGCGAGAUACGAGGACCUUUGACACCAAUCAAUGAGGCACCCGAAUCGCCAGCCGAGUCGCCAGCUGAUCAACCAAUUCCUUUCAGCCCAAUGGGCUCGAGCUUUACGAGCAAUUUCAUGGAUAAGCGUCCUUCGCUCUCGCCUUCCGAUAUGUUCACGACGUUUAUAACACAAUUGGGACCACCAAUGAAGUCCUUGGCUUUCACUCUCAAAUCGAUUUUGGAUGAAUUGCCUUUUCAACCUGGGACAGACGAUGUGAUUGCUGUAAACGUCAACUUCCGAUCGAGUCUUUCUCAAGCUAUUGAUCUGUUCAACAACACGAGAAAAGAAGCAUUAUCUACGCUUUACCGCAACAAGGAAAUCACGAAUGCCACAUCUCUGGAACGCGUUGCAGAUCUGGAGGAGGUCGCUGCAAGUUGUGGACAUUACGCAGCAGCCAUGGUUGACUUUGCUGAAGACACACUGAAGUAUCUGGAGAUCCUGGAAGAGCUCAAAGAGGAGAUCGAACAAGAAGACCGAAAGCGAUCAUGGAGCUGGAUGGCAUUCUGGAGAAGACACGGACAAGAUAAGACUGCAGCAGAAGAAGCAGGUCUAUCUCUGGUUCACGAAGCCGAUGAGGCCUUGACUACAGACAUUGUAAAGCCCAUCUUACAAGCAGACACGUUUGCCAGAGCAGGACGCACCAUCAAGGAGCCUUUCACUCAUCAAGUCUACCGCAUCUUCAAAUUCAUCCGCCGCGACGAUAUCCGAUUCGCCAUCAAAGUCGGCGUCGGCGCAGCACUGUUCGCUCUUCCAUCAUUCAUGGCCUGGUCCCGCCCAUUUUACCAACACUGGCGUGGAGAAUGGGGGUUGGUUUCCUACAUGGUCGUCUGCUCAAUGACAAUCGGCGCUUCCAACACCACAGGCAUCGAGCGUUUCCUCGGCACAGCUCUAGGCGCCAUCCUCGCCAUCAUCGCCUGGAUAAUCUCCGACGACAGUCCCUGGCUACUCGGCUUUUUCGGCUGGCUCAUGUCCUUGGGAUGUUUCUACAUCAUCCUCGUUCAAGGCAAAGGACCUAUGGGCAGAUUUAUCUUGCUUACGUAUAACCUUUCUGCGCUCUAUGCUUAUUCGCUGUCGGCCAAGGACAACGAUGACGAUGAUGACGAAGGCGGCAUCAACCCAGAGAUUUGGGAAAUCGUGCUUCACCGUUUCGUCGCAGUCAUCGCAGGUUGUCUCUGGGGCAUCUUCGUCACCCGAGUCAUAUGGCCCAUCUCCGCCCGCCGCAAGCUCAAAAAUGGCAUUUGCCUGCUCUGGCUACGCAUGUCAUUGAUCUGGCGACGCGAUCCCUUGGCCAUGUUCCUCCUCGGCGAACCCGCAUCAGCAUACAUGGACAUACGCGAAGAAUCCGAACUCCAAACCUUCCUGGCCCAAUUGGAAGCACUCCGCAAAGCCGCAGCUUCCGAAUUCGAAUUCCGCGCCCCCUUUCCCGACAAAAUAUAUGCCAAGAUUUUGGAAAGGACGAAACGCAUGUUGGACAAUUUCCACGCCAUGAAUAUGGUGAUUGCCAAAGAUUUGAAAGCUUCUCCGGGAGAGGCUGAGGUUUUGAGGUAUACACGUGCGGAAAGAUUUGCGUUGUCGGCUAGGAUAAGUCAUUUGUUCUCUGUUUUGGCCAGUUCGGUCAAGUUGGAGUAUCCGCUUAAUGACGUGUUGCCGAAUAUCGAACAUACGAGGGAUAGAUUGUUGGCGAAGAUUUUCGAGUUCAGGAGGGAUGGGGAUAAGGCUAGUCUUGCGACUGAGGAGGAUUAUGAGUUGCUUUAUGCUUAUGCACUUGUUACUGGAUCUUUGGCGCAAGAGAUUAUGGGUGUGAGUGCGGAUUUAGAAGAGUUGUUCGGGAGGUUGAACGAGGAUAAUCUGGCUCUGUACUAG